GGCAGACAGCCUCAGCCUUUCUUUACACAUAAAUAGCAAAGAGACACUAUAACUUCACCAUUAUAAAGUGUGAAUUCUGGUAACAUGUUCUCGCUCAGACUGAUCGUUUUGGUUGCCUUGGUUUCCACUGUUGCUGCAGGACCAUGGGGACAGAUAUGUGCCGGGAAUUCUGGAAACAGAGUAAGGGGCCGUGACAACUUUGGCUCGGGAGUGUAUGGAGCUUCAAGGAGCGGUGGAAGAAAGCACCGCGGGGUGGAUGUAAUAUGCAGUGAUGGAUCAACAGUGUACGCUCCCUUCAGUGGAACAAUCGAGAGACGGGUUAACCCCUAUAAAAAGAAUAAUGCCAUUAAUAAUGGUCUCCAACUUCGUGGAGGAGCUUUCUGCAUCCAGAUGUUCUACAUCAAGCCAAUGAAAUACAGUGGUCGUAUCAACAAGGGAGAAAAAAUUGGAGUUAUGCUGCCCAUGCAAAGCGUGUAUCGUGGUAUAACAUCUCAUGUUCACGUCCAGAACUGUGACCUCUCAAAUCCCACUCACAAUUUAUUUGCUGCACGAUGGGCACAAAUCUGCGAUGGGAACGCUCUGAACAGCGUAAGAGGCUGUGAUAAGUAUGGCUGUGGAUAUUAUGGAGCACCAAGAAAUGGCAGAAAGAACCUAGGAGUGGAUGUCGUAUGCAAGGAUGGAUCAACAGUGUAUGCUCCUUUUAGUGGUCUGAUUGUGAGACGGAUUAAACCCUUUGGAAAUAAUAAUGCCAUUGAUGAUGGAAUCUUACUCCGUGAAACAAGAACAGGUUCUUGCAUAAAAUUGGCCUUUAUCAGUCCUUUGAGAAGCAGAGGCUGGAUCAGUAAGGGAUCUAAAAUUGGAGUAAUGCUGCCAAUGCAGAGAGUGUAUCCUGGUAUAUCAUCUCAUGUUCACAUCCAGAACUGUGAUCAUUCAAAUCCUACUGGCAACUUAUAAAUGGAAAUGUUCCAAAUCCCAAAUAAAAAUAUCUGAGCAACCAAGAGUGAGUUUUUUUCCCACCCCCACAUUUCCUCACAGGAACUUAUCUAAAAACAUAGCCCAUGGGAAGGAAAAAAUGUGUUCUGCUGUGUGCACUAGUAUAAGUGUACCUAAUAUGUAUAACAUGAUCCCAAUGACUCAGGAAUGUAGCAACCUCAGGCAGACUUAAAAAAAAAAAAAAAAAGAGAGCAGAAAUCCUGAACUGGUUGAGAGUUCUAUACUUUAUUUCACCCAACACUUAUGUGGAAACACUCCAGGCAUUGUAAUAAUCUAACCAUGGAGUCACAGACAGUUUGCUUGGGUAUGCCAAUCUCUCACUACACAGGGGAACAUAUUUAUGUGACACAUGGUCACUAAUAGCAAAAAAAUCACAAUAAUAUUCAGAAAAAAGGCAGAAAGCAAAUGGUCUGGUAGCACUUUAUAGACUAACAAAACAUGUAGAUAUUCAGGUUAUUCUUAGCUCCAAAGGACUAGUGACUUACCCCAGGUCAACUGGACCUUAGAUCUCAAAGACAAUGCUUAUAGCCAAUCCUCUAGUAAAGAUUUAUGAGAUAGGAAAAGGAAAUUAGAGCAUUAUUUUCAAGGUUAAAACAGGUAAACAUAAGUUCACAAAUGAGUUACAAUUUAAGUUUCAAAAGGCAAUAGAAGCCUCUAGAAAAUCUUCUUCCCUCUCCCCAAGUCCGAGCAUAGGGAAUACCCUUCACAUUAGGGUAUUUAUUCCUCUCUUUCCAUGUACCCAGAGCUAAAAACUACUCUGACAAAAGGAACCCAUUUCAUGACUCAUCUUCAUGGGGAAGGGUUAGUACAUACAUCAUUUGUCCUAUUUAAAUGCCCCAAAAUAUCUGGUGCCAAUGGAUCUUUCCUGUUGGGCAGGACCAACAGGAAAGCUGCAUAUCAGUACUCCAUUCUAAUGCCCCUCACCUGUUUGUUGAUUUAUAAACUCUAAGAAGCUCACAAUACCACCUCUCGCAUAUUACUUUAUAAUAUAGGACAGUGAUGACCAACCAGUAGAUUGGGAUCUACUGGUAGA